CAACAACGCUGCUGUUUGCUAUGGCAUGCAGCUAGUCGGUCAUGUCUCGCCCAACCCCCGCCACCCCCGCCGCUUCCGGCGCCCUACAAAGGUCUCUUGCCCCGAAGCACGGCCCCCAGCUGUCCAGCACCGCCCUCUAUGUCCGCAAUCUGCGCCUGCUCGACUUCGACCUGCGCGACGACUGGCCCGGCAUCACCGUCGCAACCUUCUCCACCAAGGACGCCCAGCAGAACCAAAAGCACAGGACUACCGCCGUCGAGUGGUCGCUGUACCGCCUCUUCGAGUUAUGGGAUCCUCAAGAGACUCGCGAGGUGCGCCAGACGAAGCUCCUGCACGCACGCACCUUGACUCCUGUGUUAACAUACGCGUAGAAGCUGCAACCCUUCUUCCCGCCCCUCGAGCCCCUGCAGUCGCUGAAUCUCCGCGCCGCCCUCUAUCGCUCCCUCAAUGAGCUCAAGAAGCACGGUGUCCUCGGGCGCGAGACCGUCCUGCGCAAGACGAUGCUGGACGAGUGCAAAGGCGACAAGUUCAUGGAGAUUCUGGUCGUCUUCUCGGCCGCUGUCCUCCGCAAAGCCACUCUGGCACGCAAGCCGACAAAACAACAUGCGCCUAUCGCCAAGCGAUUGGCUACCGCAGAGAGUCUACCCUUGCAUGACCAGGCGUCCCUACUACCGCUUGCGUUGGCGCACAAGGCAGCUCUUAUGAAUGUGCUGAGGAAGAAGGAGGAGCAGAGAGCACAAUACAGGCAUUUUGCCCUGCUGCUUGAGACGAAGAGCGAGGAGGCCGUCGCACGUAAUGAGCAAUGUGGAAUGGCCUUGGAGGGCAUAGAAAACUCCGGAAAGGAUUUGCCAGAUGCGACCGCAGUAAAGAAGACGCUACAUGACAACUGGCUUGGCAACCCCGAAUGGCUGGAAGUCAUGAUUCAUGGAGAUCAGGAGGAGGCGGAACAUGGCAUGUUCCAGCUGCCCUUCGAAGAGCUCUUGAAGAAUAUACAGCAACAUCAAGACGUGGAAGGGGAGCAAGGGCGGCAAAAGAGCUUGUUGCAAGACUUGGAGGCGAGGGUCAAUGGGCAGGAGGAGAGGUUGUCCCGGUGGAAGGCCUUCCACUCAAGGAUGAACUGGGAUAAAGCGUCAAGACCGGAAGAAUCGGAACAAGCUGCGCCACCAGCUAUGUCGGCUCCUGGGACUUUUAAUUUCGACAAACACCAGGAUCUUCGAAUCGGUGCAACAAAGCCAUCUCGCGAUGCAGCAGAGGCUGAGCGCAGAUCCAGCGCUUCCAAACUGUCUCGGGAAUACAACUCUAUCCUGGGAGAGAUGCGUGAACUGUUGGACGCUGCAAAUAAGGCUCAGGGGAAACGCCCGCCUCCAAACAUGCCGAAGGCUAAGCCAUCUGCAUCCAGCAUUCCAAAGAAACCAUUUGCUAGACCUCCCAGGACAAAAACGCAAUCAGUGCGUGAGCCAGAACCAGAGCCAAAGCGGGAAGCCUCUCCGGAACAGGCGCCUUCAUCCCGCCCAGCCCUUGGAAGACCCGUAUCUCCAGAUUGGUUCUCCCCGCUUGGGAAAUCGGCCAAGGAGACGCAACAAGAGAGCGAAGAACCCCAGACGUCUAGUCCGCGGGAAGAGACUGCGACAGGAACUACUGACGACGAGCAAGACAUUCUGGAUUACCUUUCAGACCGUGCACAUGUCAGUCCCACCUCCAUGAAAGAGCCAAUCGGCUCCGAGGAGGGGAAUGAGGAGCAAGGCAUUACACAACCAUCAUCGCACGUGGAUCCUCCGUCGUCUAGGUCGCCAUCGCCUAUCGACAUGGAAGAGCGUCUUGCUGAACAAAUCAUAUCCUCCAUUGACGACGCCACGCCUUCUCCCAUGAAGCGCUUUGACUUUGACCCCAGGCCCUCUCUCACGGAGCGCACGCGCCUAACCAUGGGCGACGGCAAAUCACCGCGGAAGCAAGCGUCGCUGGAACGGCGAAGCCCCCUCCCAGAAGAAGUGCCCACGCCCAACGACCCCGAAAACGAGCGACGCGCCGCGCUGCUCGCGCGCACCAUGGCGACCAUGUCGGCGCUCAGCGAGCGGCCGCCGGCGCCCGCCCCAGCGCCUUCGACGACCAAGCUCAAGAGCAGGAAGUCGAUCAGCCGCAGCAAGCGGCAGUCGGUGUACCCGGACAAAUGGGGCGACUCGCCGCUGCAGCAGGACAAGCGGCGCACGAGCACGUUUUGGGACCAGGCGGACGAGCAGCGCGAGGUCAGUCCUGCGGAACAGUUGUUGUCGCUAGGGGACCAGGCGGGGACGGAUGCGGCGAGCGUGUUUAAGAGCAGGCCGAGGAUCGCGCUUAGUCCGACUUUUAACGGGGCGGGGGAUGGGAGUGGAAAUGGGGAUGGUGGGGAGGGAGACGGGGGUGGGGACGAGGCGUUUGAGGGCAUCAGUGAGAUUGGCGAGGAGACGCUGGGGGACGUGAUGGGCGAUUCGCCGUCGCGGGGGAGGUGAUGAGACGAGUUGGGUUAAGAUGAGAUGGGGUUCAUGUUGAUGAUGGUGGUGUGUGUGCGGAGCUGCCCGCCAGGCCGCUGCUGCUGCAAUCAAUUCCGUUCCGUUGCGUGUGCACGCACUUGCCAAUACCAAUCCCCCUAUCUUGCACGAC